AUGGAUGUGCGGGCACCGUGGACGCAGUCUCUGAGGACGGCCGCCAACAAUCCCUCCCAUCUGACCACACCUGCCGUGAGACUCCAGCUGAACCUGGGUGGCCCUGGGAUGACUCUGACCAACAGGAUGCAGCUGCUGACAACGGCUCCCUCUGCCAGUGCUAAGCCAGGCGCUAUGGAAUCAGUAACAGUCCCAACAGAAGACCCCAGAGACCUGAGAGCCUGCCCCAAAGUCAGGGGCCUGGAGACGGGCCUGGAGACUAGCUCAGGUGGAAAGCCGGCCCGCCAUCAGAAGGCCAUCCCCAAAGCUCACUUAACUUUCGUUAUCGACUGUACUCGUGGGAAACACGUCUCCCUGGCAGCACUCCCAGGGCCACCCCGCGUCCCUAGUCCCAACCUAGGACCUGUCAUCCCUCCAAUGAAGACUUACAUCUUGUUGUGUGGGGAAAACCGGGCCCCCCAUGUAAAUCAGGAGGCUCCCCUAGGUGGGGGAGGCCUUGCCCAGACCAGGGGACCCCUGCCGCCCUGCAGAGAGACUACAGCCCCAGAUUCCUCCCCAGCCAGCCCAGUCUGCCUCCAGGGGGCUCCUGAAGCCAAAGGGGGCCCUGCGAAGACUGUGUCCUCGAGGUCUUCAGCUUGGGGAGCCGUCAUCGUCUCGCUCAAAGCCCUCUCUUCCUGUGUCUGUGCACAGGCUGAUUAA